CCAACAUUUCUCUGUCCAAUGGUGAAAACCGCAGGUCUCCAGCUGUUUCCAUUCUGGAAUUAUUCAAAAAACAACCACGCGCACUAUAAUUUGAAACCGAUAGUAGUAUUCAUACUGAAGACAAUGUGAUCGAGUAUAUGAAAAAUAAUACGCAUAUGAGGAAAUUUGAAAUGUAGCGUUUAGUUCAUUGUUCGAUAUUUGUCUCGAAUAUCUUUUAAGAAAUAUAAAAGACAAUUCGUGUUUAUGGAUUUGUUUCCGAGAAGAUCAAAUGUGUCUAGUGAAUUUUCUCUAUAGAAUCGCACAUUUAAAAAAAAACUAUUUUCGAAUUUCGACCUAAAACUGUCUACAUAAAGAAGUGUAGGCCUACAAUGAGAAUUCACUAAGUAUCAAAAAGCAAGUCAUAAAUAUGAAAUUGUUUUCUAGGAGACAAAGUUAAAAAGAAAUUUCAGCUGAGCAUCGAGAAUUAGACAUCUUAGAAUAUUUUUUAUAUAAAGUCUAUCUACAGAUGCUUGUCUUAUAUUUAUCUUGCAUAUCUUCUACCACAAUAUUUGACUUCAACGAUGCGUUCAAUUAGAGUAUUAUCAGUAGAAAAUUAAUAUAUGCUCAGUAAAUGUCAUAGACUUUCAGCAAAAAGAAAACAGUAACCGAAUUGUGAAGGUUUUGGCUAGAAUGAUCAGCAUUUUUUUUAUUCUUUUUGAAUAAAAUGAUAGAAUUAAGUUUCUUCUAAAUACGUAUAGCGAAGAUCAUAUAGAGUUCGGAUUAGCGGAUGAUUAUAAAAAAAAAUUUCUCUAAAUAUUUCUAGCCAUUGUAAAUACUACGAGUAACAUUCUUCAUACAACGGAAAUCUUAACUACAACAUUAAUUUCAUGGACUACAAAACUAUAUUCAAAUGAAAGUAAUACAACAUUAUUUAAUAUACCUUAUUGGAAAUUAGAUGAUUUAUCUGAUGAAAAUCCAUCUUCAUCACCUGGUCAAAUUCUAUUAACAUUAAUUCUUUAUUUAUUAUGUGCUUUAAUAGCAUUUACAUUAUUAAUUAUUCUUUUUUCUAUUAUUAUAUUUACAUAUCGUAAACAUUGUUGUCCAUCAUCAUCAUCAAUGAUAGAUCAUCGAUAUCAAUUGGGUAAAACUAAAUUAAAUAAUCGUAUUGGUAUACAAAUUGAAAAUAUUGAUCAUGAUAAUCAAACUGUAAAAACAAUGAAUACAACCGUUCGACCAUGUUUUGAAUAA